CACUUGCUUAGUUCUUGCGUUCUUGUGUUGUUAGUUGGACACAUCAAGAUGGCCUCCACCGGUCCCGCCAUGCUGAAGUGGGCGCAGGCUGCGUCUCGUGGCUUCGCCGCUGCCGCCUCGGGUGGCCCUGGCCGCAAGGUUGCGAUUCUGGGUGCCGCUGGUGGCAUUGGCCAGCCUCUGUCCAUGCUCAUGAAGAUGAACGCCCAAGUGUCCGAGCUGUCGCUUUACGAUAUUGCUGGCACCCCGGGUGUUGCCGCUGACGUGAGCCACAUCAACACCAAGGCGCAGGCUAAGGGCUUCGACAAGGAGGGCCUGGCUGAGGCUCUGCGUGGCUGCGACCUGGUCAUCAUCCCCGCUGGUGUUCCCCGCAAGCCUGGCAUGACCCGCGAUGAUCUGUUCAAGAUCAACGCCGGCAUCGUCCGCGACCUGGUUGAGGGCGUUGGCAAGCACUGCCCCGGCGCCGUCCUGAACAUCAUCUCGAACCCCGUGAACUCCACGGUUCCCAUCGCUGCUGAGCAGCUGAAGAAGAUGGGUGUGUACGACAAGCGGAAGGUGAUGGGUGUGACCACCCUGGAUGUGGUUCGCGCCAAGACCUUCUACGCCGAGAAGAACGGCCUGGACGUUGCCUCCGUGGACGUGCCCGUGGUGGGCGGCCACGCCGGUGUGACCAUCCUGCCCCUGUUCUCCCAGGCCACCCCCAAGGUGUCCAUGGCCGCUGACGUGCUGGACGCGCUCACCAAGCGCACCCAGGAGGGCGGCACCGAGGUGGUGCAGGCCAAGGCCGGCAAGGGCUCCGCCACUCUGUCCAUGGCCUACGCCGCCGCUCUGUUCGCCGACUCGUGCCUGCGCGGCCUGAACGGCACCCCCGUGGUGGAGUGCACCUACGUGGAGAGCACCAUCACCGACGCGCCCUUCUUCGCCUCCAAGGUCAAGCUCUCCACCGAGGGUGUUGACAAGGUGUACGACCUGGGCUCGCUGUCGGACUACGAGAAGGAGGGCCUGAAGGCCAUGAUGCCCGAGCUGCUGGCCUCCAUCGAGAAGGGCGUGCAGUUCAUCAAGAGCGCGUAAACACGCACACCUGCUGCGCACGCGCUGGUUGGUGUAACUGCCCUUGUCGCUGAUGUUGCGGGGGUUGUGAUGAGAAGAGGUGGACGGACAUUAUGACCUGUGUGGGUGCGGGUGUCGUCUAUUGACUCUUUACUGGUGUUCGUCGUUCCAAGGGGCUCGUAUCAAGGGCUAUACUGCGAUGCACAAGGGUUUCAGCAGCCAGUCCGAGAUGACUUGCUUGGAACCGUUUUCCCGGUGGUCCUGCUAUAUGGACAGCCGUUAGAUUGAGAGCUAAGCUCCUGAGCCGGCUUGCUUGUAACGAGAAAACGUGGA